GGUAGAUUCUCGUGUCAUCAUGGCUACUGCAGAUGUCUCGCAACCCAUGCCGCUGGGAAGGCGGUUAGUGUCGGCGUGGCGGUCCAUCCCCUUCCAAAUCGCCAUCGCCAGCGGAGUCUCAUUUACGGCCCCGGGCAUGUGGGAUGCCCUGAACAACUUGGGGGCUGGAGGUGCCGCCGAGCCGUAUGCAGUGUCGGCAGCCAACGCUGUUCUGUAUGCCCUGUUCGCCGUGGUCUGCGUGGCGGCCGGCGCCAUCAACAACCGUAUCGGCCUUCGCAUUGGCCUGGCGCUGGGUUCCAUUGGCUAUCCUAUCUACGGCGCAGGGCUAUACACCAACAAUUACUCACCCACCACCUGGUUUCUGCUUUUUGGCAGCGCCUUGUGCGGUCUCUCGGCUGCUUUCUUCUGGGCUGCCGAGGCAGCCAUCAUUAUCGGAUACCCCAGCCCUAAAGACCGAGCCUUCUAUUUGGCGAUCUGGCAAACGGCAAAGGCCGCAGGGCCGAUAGUCGGGGGCGCGAUCAACUUGGGACUCAAUGCACGGACCUCGACGCAGGGAUCGGUCAGUUCAGGCACCUACAUCGUCUUCAUCGUCAUCAUGUGCCUGGGUUUGCCUAUUGCGCUCCUGCUAAGUCCAGCAGAGAAAGUCCAGCGAAAGGAUAAAACUCUCAUCGUGGUGCAUCGGCAGGCCUCAUGGCUGGCCGAAUUCAAGGCUGUCUUUUCAUUGCUUGCCAGCCGCCGCGUCGUCCUGCUUCUUCCUGCCUUCUUCAUCAGUUACUUCUACAAUGGCUUCCUCAGCACCUGGUUGACUACCUACUUUACAGUUCGGGCUCGCGCGUUCUCAUCCUUCUUCUCCAACUUUGCUGGAAUUUUCUCCUCCUUCAUGAUCGCCACCCUGCUGGAUCGGCAAUCGAUCCACAUCAAGACUCGAGCGCGCGUGGCAUUUUCUGCCAUUGUGAUUGUCCUUACAGGUACCUGGAUCUGGGCCACCAUCCUGCAGUAUCAAUUCUACUACGACAGCCCCGGAUCCCCCGUUUUUGAUUGGUUCAAGGGUGGCUUCGGUAAAACCUACGCUCUAGUUUUUUUUUGGAACUUUGGAGGUCAAGCGUUUCAACAAUUCCUGUAUUGGCUCGUUGGCCAGUACGCCACCGAUAUCUCCUCCCUGUCCCACCACUGCGGUAUUCUUAGGGGCUUUGAGGCGCUGGGCCAGACCGUUGCUUGGGCCAUGCAAUCCGAAGGCAACGCGAACCACUUUGUGAGUAUUGGCCUUAACUUUGGUAUCACCCUCCUCUGCUUUAUUCCUACUUGGAUUAUUAUCUCGGAGCUGGAGCAUAGCCAUGAGAUAGAAGUGGUCGCGGAGGAUGCCAAGCAAGUUGAAAUCACCGACACGCCUGUCUGAUUUUGCUUCACCACUUCCAGUAGUAAAUAAUGUGCAUUGAUCAACCACAUAAUGUCCGAUACCUUAGAUCAUAAUGUACUGUUUCCUAC